ACUCACGUACUGGAAUAUAUGAUGAAAAGAUAAAACAAGAGAUCAUCAUCGAGUGCAUGAGAAGAAUGAAGAACAAGAUCUGCAUUGCUUUGUUGGUGGCCCUCAGCCGGACGCUCUUAUGCAUGGCUCAAGCCAAUGUCCAUUACUAUGACUUCGUUCUGCAAGAGAGAAACUUUACAAGGCUGUGUGGCACCAAGAGCAUGUUAACUGUGAAUGGCAGUUUUCCAGGGCCGGUGAUUCGCAUCCACAGAGGCGAUACUGUAUUUGUGAAUGUCCAAAAUCAAGGAAACUAUGGUCUCACCCUUCACUGGCAUGGAGUUAAGCAACCGAGAAAUCCAUGGUCAGAUGGUCCAGAGUUUAUCACACAGUGCCCGAUCAGCCCCGGAAGAAACUUCACAUACGAAAUCAUAUUCUCGACGGAGGAAGGAACACUGUGGUGGCACGCCCAUAGCGAUUGGACUCGGGCAUCAGUCCAUGGUGCCAUUGUCAUUUUGCCCACUGCUGGAACCGCUUAUCCAUUUCCCAAGCCUGAUGGAGAAGAAGUUAUUGUUUUUGGAUCAUGGUAUAAGGGAGAUGUGAUGUCUUUAAUUGAUAAUGCCAUGAAAACUGGUGGAACAACACCGCUUUCAGAUGCUUUUACCAUCAAUGGCCAACCAGGAGAUUACAAACCAUGCUCAAAUGAAUCUACAUACCAUAUGCUAGUUGACCCCGGCAAGACGUAUCUUCUCCGCCUUGUAAAUGCCGCAAUGAAUAGAGACUUCUUCUUUGCAAUCUCUGAACACAAUCUCACAGUCGUUGGUUGGGAUGCAGCCUACGUGAAACCCUUCACUACAGGUUACGUUAUGAUAGCCCCCGGACAAACAAUGGACGUCCUUGUCACCGCAAACCAAUCUCCCAGCCAAUAUUACAUGCUCAUCAGCCCGUACUAUGAUGGGGCACUCUACGAUUUUGACGAGAGCAUCGCCACGGCGGUCUGGCAGUACAACGGCAACUAUACUUUACCGUCGGCGCCUUCGUAUCCGGCAGACCUUCCGCACUACGAUGAUGUCUCGGCUACUCGCACGUUCACGGAAGGUCUGAGGAGCUUGGCGAACGAACAGUACCCUAUAGAUGUGCCGCAUGAAAUCGAGUCAAGAAUGUUUAUAACACUUUCCAUGAACAUGAAUCCCUGUGCAAAUGACUCGUGUGCCGGACCCGAUGGCAACCGGCUGAUGGCCAGCCUGAACAACAUGAGCUUCGUCAACCCCUCCAUAGAUAUUCUACAAGCCUACUACGGGAACUUGAGCAAGAUUUACGACUCAGAUUUUCCAGACAAGCCACCAACAUUUUUUAAUUUUACAUCUGACAAUUUACGGACAGUAAACUAUACACAUACGAGACAAGGGACAAAGGUGAAGGUGCUCAACUACAAUGCAUCAGUGGAAAUAGUAUUCCAAGGGACCGAUGUUUUCAGCGGAUCAGAAGAUCAUCCGAUGCAUUUGCAUGGAUUCAGAUUUUAUUUGGUAGGAACGGGCGUGGGGAAUUUCAACAAUGUGACGGACCCGCUAUCUUAUAACUUGGUUGAUCCACCUGAAGCUAACACAAUUUUAGUUCCUAAAGAUGGAUGGGCGACCAUCCGAUUUAGAGCUGAUAACCCCGGGGUUUGGCUUAUGCACUGUCAUUUUGAUCGGCAUCUGAGCUGGGGUAUGGACACUGUUUUCAUAGUGAAGAAUGGUGCCACUGCUACCACCAGCAUUCGUGACCCCCCCGCACACUUGCCUCCUUGUAGAUUUAAGCCGCUACUGCAUGAUUUCUUUCAUGUAAACAAAUCAGACGUAUGA